AUGGGCGUCGGAGAGACCAUCACCGUCAUCAACAAGUCCGGCAAGGUGGUGAGCAGUAGCAAGCAUAUUGUCAACGUCUUCAAAGAAGCCAAGGCCGCCUAUCGCGAGCGCAAGGCUGAGAUUCAAGCAGAACGCGAUGCGGUUGCGCGCGAGAGGAAGCUGGCCAAGGGCGUAGAAGCCCUUCGCAUCCAGGAAGAUGACACACGCUCUCACUACUCGAGGGCCACCCACCGCUCCAAGUCGCAUAGGAAAUCUUCACAUCGCGAGCGCCCGAGUAUGGAGCGCGGCUAUACCGACAGCUUCUAUGCCAAUGACAGUCCUCGCCAGAGUCCACGGGGUAGCACCCACCGUUUUGAGCAGGACCUCGCCGGCGAGGGUCGCGACGCGCACAGGAAAGAGAUUGCACGAAGAAAUUCAGACAUGCAUGUCCAGCAGAAGACGCGCUCGAAAUCAGAAGCCUUUGUCGACAUGGACCUUGCCUAUGGCGACAUUCCCCCACCCCUUCCCGCCCAAAAAUACGACGACGGCGAACUCAAAGAGAAAGCAUCCAAGAUUACCAUUCUCCUGGACGAGGCCAACUGUCUCCAAUACUCGGUCACCACCAUGAUUGAAAAUCUCCAACAGAACCCCGAAGCUCUGGCUGCCGUCUCCCUCACCCUGGCCGAGAUUAGCGCGAUUGUCGGUAAAAUGGGUCCAGGGGUGCUCAUGACGCUCAAAGGAAGUUUCCCCGCCGUCGCCGCCCUCCUCCUCUCUCCUCAAUUCAUGAUCGCCGGCGGCGUCGCCGUGGGCGUCACCAUUGUCGCCCUUGGCGGCUACAAGAUCAUCAAGAAGAUCCAAGCGCAAAGCAACGACCCGCUCCAGCCCAUGCCCAUGAACGCCGCACCCGCCGGCACAGCUGCCCUCCCUCCCCGCGUCGACGAAGUCCACGACACGCACGAGCUCGAGGAACUGGAGCCCCAGGAGCUCUCGCGCGUCGAAAUGUGGCGCCGCGGUAUCGCCGACGUGGCCGAAUACUCGGCCGGCACCAGCGUGGACGGCGAAUUCAUCACUCCCGGUGCCUCGCGCCAGCUCAUUGCCGCCGGCGUCUUGGACGAAGACGACAUGAAAUCCCGUCGGAGCACGCGCUCGCGCCGCGACAAGGAGCGCGAUGCGGAGUCGCGUGCGGGUCGCAGUCAUCGGGCCAAGAGCGUGGUCAGCGAGAAGAGCACGCGCAGCCACAAGACGAGCCGGACGGGCAAGACGGGCGAGACGAAACGCAGUAAGACGGUCAAGGAGGGGGCCAGCAAGAAGAAGGAAAAGGAGCCGUCGGGAUUGAAGAUGUUGUUUCGAAGUCAUACGACGCAUGCCUGA